AUGUCCAAGCUAGAUGGUUUCUUUUGCAAUGAGGAUUGGGAUAUCACCUUUGACAAGCACAUCUUGCAUGCCUUAUCUUCAUCUCUCUCUGGCCAUUGCCCCCUUCUCCUGGCCAACGAUGAUGGCCCUCGGCGUCCGCAGAGUUUCCGUUUUGAGAACUUCUGGACCAACAUGUCGGGCUUCCAGCAAGUCAUCCUAGAGGCAUGGAGCAAGCCCUCCCAGCACCAUGAUCCUUUCCUAAGGCUGUUCCACAAACUAAAAAAGACCAGCCAGAAACUUCGAGGUUGGAGUAGAACCCUUUUCUCCAACGCCAAAGUCCAACUACAUAUGGCCUUGGAGAUCAUCCUUCGCCUUGAUGAGGCCCAGGAUGUGUGGUCUCUCAGCACCGAGGAGGCGGACCUUCGAAAAGGACUUAAGAAGAGAGUGGUGGGUCUUGCAGUUCUAGAGAGAGCUAGGAAGAAGCAAAGCUCUCGGAUCACAAACAUCAAAGAGGGUGAUGCAAAUACCCGGUACUUCCACCUUAGGGUUAAUGCUCGGCGACGGAAAAAUCUUAUUCACCGACUCAAGCAGGGCAAUGACUGGGUGACGGACCAUGAGCACAAGAAGAAUAUUGUCCACUCGCAUUUCUCUGAGAUCAUGAAGAGGGGUGCCCCGCUCUCAAAGACCAUCAACUGGGCAACCAUUCCCCAGGCUGACCAUGAUCUCUCCAUGCUUGGAGAUGCAAUUACUGAAGAGGAAGUGAAGACUGCAAUCUUUGCUCUCCCUAGUGACAAAGCGACGGGCCCGGAUGGUUUUACAAGAAAAUUCUUCAAAAGCUGUUGGGAGAUUAUUAAAAAUGACAUCUUGCUCGAGGAUGUCCAAUUCCUGACCACCAUACUAGCUUCCUUUGGUGAGUCCACGGGCUUGUCCACUAACUGCGCCAAGAGUAUUGUUGCGCCCAUCAGAUGUGCUAAUGUGGACCUCGACGAUAUUCUUCAGUCCUUCCCGGCAUGUCGUUCCUCCUUCCCUAUCCGCUAUCUUGGCUUGCCUCUUGUGAUCAAGAGACUUAAGAGGAUUCACUUGCAGCUACUAGAGGACAAGCUGCUGGCAAAUUAG